AUGAGCAAAGGAAAAGAAGCAGGAAAAAUUCAAGUGUACGUCCGCGUGCGUCCAUUCACUGAGAGAGAGAAGGACAAACGAGAAGUGAAUGCCAUUGAAAUUCAUCAAGAACACUCGCUGAUACGUGUACUGGAUCCACGAAGCCGAACGAAUUAUUUUUUUGAUGGCGUAUUUAGCCCAGAAGCAUCCAACCAAGAGGUAUAUCUCAAGGUUGGAAAACCUCUCGUCUACGCUGCAUUGAAUGGCUAUAAAGGAACACUUCUAACAUACGGACAGACCGGUACAGGCAAAACCUUCACACUUCUGUCAGAUGAUGGUGUUACCACGCGAGUUGUCCAACACUGUUUUGAAAAAAUCGCCAACGAUGAGAUUCACAACUACAAGGUCAUGUGCUCAUUUUUGCAAGUCUACCAAGAGAAGGUCUACGAUCUUUUGAAUCCGCGGUUUACAGUAGAUUUACCAGUCAGAGAGCAUCCAAAGAAAGGAGUAUACGUAGCAAACUUGACCCAACACGAAGUAAAAAGUGCUGGAGAUGUAUUUGCACUCUUAGAGAUAGGAAAACAACAUCUCGUUAUCGCGGAGACCAAGAUGGUCCGGCAUUCCAGCAGAUCCCACUCAAUCAUGCAGCUUAUUAUAGAAAGAAGACUGAAGGCACACAUUGCUAAUGAAAAACCCCCGAGCAAGGGUGAAACUACUGUAUCCCACGAGGCAGUUCAAGAGUCCAUCAUGGCAGUCGACGAAACAAUUAACAAUCUCAUAAAGGAACUGAAACAAGAAAGAAAAAGUCAUCACAAGCGUGAAAGAGAGUGUUUGAAAGAGUUAAUGGAGAAGGAGCUCAACAAUGGGAACAAUUUUGAGGGCGAUCUCAUUGUGAAAGGAAAAAUCAAUUUGUGUGAUUUAGCCGGAAGUGAAAGGCUUACCAAAACCAAGGCGGAAGGAGUACGAUUAACUGAGGCGAAAUAUUUAAACACUUCACUAUUGGAGCUUGGGUAG